GCCCGUGGGGCCCAGGAGAGGCCAGGACACUGUCAGGGCGAUGGAGAAACCACUUCUUCACCUUGCACAGGCGCCCAUCCUUCCCCACUGCCCAGCAAUCCCCUGAGGCAAGAGCCAGGGCUGAGGCAAGUCCAGCCAGCAUCCUGGGAGGCAGCCAGGGAUGGGGCCGCUCAGGAAGUCCCAGACCCAGGCUGGGCAUAAAGGAGGGUCCCGCAGGCUGGGAGGAGGCUCACCUGGGCACCAUGGAGACCCAGAGGGCCAGCCUGUGCCUGGGGCGCUGGUCACUGUGGCUUCUGCUGCUGGGACUCGUGGUGCCCUCGGCCAGCGCCCAGGCCCUCAGCUACAGGGAGGCCGUGCUUCGUGCUGUGGAUCGCCUCAACGAGCAGUCCUCGGAAGCUAAUCUAUACCGCCUCCUGGAGCUGGACCAGCCGCCCAAGGCCGACGAGGACCCGGGCACCCCAAAACCUGUGAGCUUCACGGUGAAGGAGACUGUGUGUCCCAGGCCGACCCGGCGGCCCCCGGAGCUGUGUGACUUCAAGGAGAACGGGCGGGUGAAACAGUGUGUGGGGACAGUCACCCUGGAUCAGAUCAAGGACCCGCUCGACAUCACCUGCAAUGAGGUUCAAGGUGUCAGGGGAGGUCGCCUGUGCUAUUGUAGGCGUAGGUUCUGCGUCUGUGUCGGACGAGGAUGACGGUUGCGACGGCAGGCUUUCCCUCCCCCAAUUUUCCCGGGGCCAGGUUUCCGUCCCCCAAUUUUUCCGCCUCCACCUUUCCGGCCCGCACCAUUCGGUCCACCAAGGUUCCCUGGUAGACGGUGAAGGAUUUGCAGGCAACUCACCCAGAAGGCCUUUCGGUACAUUAAAAUCCCAGCAAGGAGACCUAAGCAUCUGCUUUGCCCAGGCCCGCAUCUGUCAAAUAAAUUCUUGUGAAACCAA